AUGAUACUAUCAACAAUUUUUUUAUUUGUUAUAGUCAUAAAAUGUCUAUCAUUACUUAGUUCUGCUCAACAAAUAUCUCAGCAAAAUCCAGUACCAUCAACAAACCAAGAAAAUCUUAAUCCAGGACAAGAAGGUGCUAAAAUUUUCACCGGUCGUGAUAGCAAUUCAGCACAUGUAAACUUAGUGCCAUUCGGACCUGAAGCAGGUGAUCAGAAAGUACAUCCAGGAAUGCUUACUUCUGGACAAACAAUUAAUUUGCACAUGUUUUUUCCAUUCUAUGGUGGUUUAUAUAACUAUUCAGUGCUUUCGGUAAAUGGAUACAUUGCAUUUGCAACUGUGUUAGAUCAAGGUCCAACAAUAAACGUUGGUGUAGAAUCAACCAAUUGGCCACAACAACAGGACCCGGCAAUGAUUGCACCAUAUUUAUGCAAACAACAGAUAGUACAAAAUCCAAGUCCAGGACUGAAAACUGGUGUUUAUUAUCGUUUGAUGUUACGACAAUCAUUAUUUGGCCGUGGUGGUAAUAUUAACAUACCAUUUGGUGGUACCAUGGAACAGUCAAGUUUCUUUAGGCAACCAGCUAGUCAAGCUUGUCCAAGUACAUCUGAUUCAUAUGUGCAUUGCGAUCAAAACAGUGAUUAUUUCCUCGACCAAAUGAUGCGAUGGCUUCAAGAAGGAGUUGCUGGUGCAGCAGCAUUUCGUGCAGAUGCAGCAUUUGUAGUUACCUGGUACAAUACAGCAUCCGCUAUUGUUGGUCGUUCUGAUAUUGAUGCUGGUCAGUUAUCUACUUACCAAGCAAUUUGGUUGACUGAUCAGCCUGGUCGAUUAAGUUAUGUUAUUUUGAAUUACGACAAACUUGGAUUUGAUGCUGCUGAUUUCCGGAUGAACUCUAGAAGUGGUCGUUGUCAAGCACUUUUCAAUGGUGGUAAUCAUACUGGUAGCGUACCGGUAGAUCCAACUUUCAUGUACAAAAAUACACCAACAAUAUUGGCACAACGUUCCGGUGUACCACAUAUGGUUCGUGGACGGUAUAUGUUUCGUGUCGAUGACGUUGUUCGACCGGCUGGAUGUUCGAAUAAAACUGGUGGUACAUACCCGAUGUUAAUUUAUCCAAAUAUAGCCAAUAUGUUGGGUGAGACAAGUGUGGAUGUGAAUGCAUUAUGCUUGGAUCGUAGCCAGACGUACGUUUUGAUGAUUGAACAACGCCAAACAGCGUCGUGCACCGUGAUUAAUUCAGCUAUUGCUCGCUGUCAUCUUCCGAAAAUUUAUGAUUGGGGCACGAAAACAGUUUAUUUUCAACCACAGUCCGGAUCUCAUCAAGAAGAUAAAGCAUUCGUCGGAUACAUCUAUUUUGUGCCACCAACGUUAGAUCCAAUGCGUCUAGAUAUCGGCAAUGUAUAUGAAUGGUUUAGAAAUCCGAUAUUAAAAACUGUAAUGCCAAUAACAUGGUAUCCGAGAAAUUUUACAAAUCCAGAUCUUGACUACAAAGAUUACAACAUACGAAUAAGCGAUAAUCAGUUAUACUCUGUACAACUUGGCUUAUAUGUCAUAGGCUACAGAGAAGCGGCUGAUGAUCAGAUUAAGAAAUUCCGUCCGGAACAUCGAGUUUUGUGCCGAUUAGCAACAUAUACUAAUCGAAAUUCACCUGAUUAUCGCUGGAAACCACAAGAAGAAAAAAUUAAUUUAUAUCAGGUUGAAAAAUGGUAUUUGACAGACUGGGAACGAACAAAUACGCUCUAUUCAUAUCGCUUUGGUUAUCUAAAAUUAGCACCAGUUACUGCCAAUGAAGAUACUUCACAACAUUUAACUCAUUUGCCUUCUGGAUUAGUUUCACCACCAAUAUCAAUUCAUUGGUUAUGGACCAUUAAUAACCCACAAUUCGUAUCAUCAACCUAUUCACAACAAGAUGCAGAAAGUAGAAUGCAUUUCGUUUCAACUAAAGCAACUGAAAUAUGCCAUGACUGGUUCGCAGAAGAUGGAGCGCAGUAUAAUUUUAUUCGUGAUACAGAAACUAACGCAUCGUGUCCAUGCGUGGAGAGUCAAGCACGUGUGGAUAUUGGUCGUUUUAUGCCACAUCCUCGUUGCUCUCAGAUAUUUCGUGACAUUACUUGUCAAACGAUGAUUGGUGCAAAAAAUUGCUAUAUGAGUGCUCAAAAUAUUUAUGGUUCAUAUGCUGGUGAAGGUUCGGGAUAUGAAAGCGAAAAAACAGCGCGUUUUCAAACGCAUUAUGGGCAAGUAUGCUGUUACGAUGAAGAGGGCAAAUUAAUGCAAACAUCUUAUCAACCGGUGAUAAAAGUAACCGAUGACACACCGUACAAUCCUGGAUAUCCAUUACGUGCUUACGAAUUUGGAACUGAUCCAUAUAUUGGACAGUUUGAGGUGCCAGGUCUUUCCGUAUUUUAUCACGAUUAUAUGCCGUACUUCUUUUGCUGUAAAUAUGCAAAAUUUCGUUGUCAGCUAUUUUACUGGAGGCGGCCAAGUAGCGGAUGCCAACAGUAUCAGCCUCCAGCUGUCGGUGAAGCACUUGGAGCAGUAAGCUUCAAUACUAUUGAUAAUGACAAAUUCAUCUUCAAUGAACCAGGAGUGUUCACAUUUUUGUAUAUCCCAAAAACUGUUACAACACCAGAAGUACGAAUUCAAGUGCGACUGGAGCGCUAUCCAGAUCGUAGAGUUGAUUUCAGCUUACUUGGACGUCAAAUAGGACAAGCAAAUUUAGUGCAACCUACGAAUGCAACUGUUAUUACUGGAAUAGCAAUCGAAGCAACCGGAACCGAUCGAGUGCAUGUGGUUGCUCGUAAAGAUACCCGACGUUUCCGGUAUCGUACAAGCAUUAUUGUUGGCAAUAUACUCCGCUAUUUUGAUGUGAUGAGAAUUCAGCGAUUCAGAGGAGUAAUGGUUUAUGUGAACAAUGUAGAACGAGGUCAACCGGAAAUUUAUGUCGUUCUGGAAGAAGCACAAGUAGGAAUUCGUAUUCGUGAAUCAUAUAAUCUUGAUAUUGAUCGUUUAUCAAUGUAUCAAGAAAGUAUGGGUUUACUUGAUAUUGAACUUAGUGUACCUCCACAGUACGGUGUGCGUCCUGACGGUGAUAAGGCUCGAGAGCAAGAUAUGCGUACACGAUAUAAUUUUCCACGUGUAUCCGGUCUUAUGCGACCAUUUCCAGAUCAAACGUCUGCUUCCUAUUUAUCUGGUCUAAGCUUGAGUGAUGUUAAUGCAGAAGGAAUCCGUCAGCAAAUUAUUUCAAAUUACCUUAUUCCGGGUACCGGUGAUUCCAGACAAACGAUGGGUACAUUAAAUCAGAAUAUUCCAACCGAUAAUAUGUUCACGACUAGUCAGGAUAUUGAUAAGAAAUUCGAAGUAUUUCCUGAAGUUUACAUAAAAAGUGAACCCAUAUAUAAAACUUCUGCAGAAUAUGAAACUGGUAGAUAUCGUUUUGUACCAAUGACGGGCCAAAUGCUUAACCAACGAUUGCAAACAUGUCGUGAUCUUCAGCUUAGUGAUCGAACAAAUUGGCAACCACUACAAAAUUUAUACGAGCAACAAUACGGUAUUGAUUAUUGUCCGGAUAAUCCCAGUCAAAUAAUUCAAGAAUGUGGUGAUUCUGUGUCAUGCCUUAAUGAUUAUAUGUUAUUUAAUGCUCGAUUGCUUGGAAUGGAAGCACAAAACAAUUGGAAUUCAUUUUCAAAUGAUAGAAUGCAUGCUUCAAGACAUUAUAAUAGUUGUGGACCGAUUAUGAUAGAAUAUCCAGAAUAUUUGAUGAAAACACCGGUGCUAUCAUCCGGUUAUCUGGAAGGUGAUGUGGCACGCUUUGAUUGCUUUCAAACACAUUGGAUUAAAGGCGAUUAUGAAUACAAAUGCGGUAUUGUUGUAGACUACAACGAUCCACAUAGUUAUCGAUUUGAAUGGAACAAAGGAUCACAACCAUGGUGUCGUUCGCGUGAAAAAGACAAUUUAUUCAAAUGGCUUACUGGAAUAUUUUCAACCAUUGGUAUAAUUAUGGCAAUUGUCUUUAUAUUUUUGUGUUGUUGGACUUUGAAACAGAAAAGGAGACAUCAAGCGGAGGAGAAAAUUUCGUCGCUAUACAAAGUACCAAUUCGAGGUUCCAUGGUAAGCCGUGAUUGGAGGUCUUCGGAAACUAGGCCAUUCACAAAAGCACGAACAGAUUCGAUGUCAAGCGAAACAAAUGGUGUGUACCACGGUAACGAGCACGACUCGCAGUAUCGUGGAGGACCAAUUGGUGGUACUGUUCCGAUCGUAGUUGGUGGUAGUGGUGGAUAUCGCGGUGAAACAAACGGACAGUACCGUGCUGUCGAUACUAUUGCACCGUAUCCUGAGCAGUAUCAUGAAUCGGUACCAAAUUUGUCCAGGAGACCAUCGAGUCCAGUUAAGACAACUGUCAUACGGAGUAACAAGACAGUUCCAGCUGGGCCACAGUCGACAUCAUCAACGCCACCAGUACCAGUGCAUUCUAGGAUUAUCGGUGAACAAAAUGGAAGUGAUCAUACCCAACUUUUGGGUCUUAAUACCAGUGUCUGA